GUGGGACUGGGCUCCGCUGCUCUCCAGACACAGCUCCACCGCGUAAGGGGCCGUCAGUUUUUCAGACAAAAGAAAUCCGGCAGCGCACACGGAGGCUGGUUUCCCAAGUUACACAUUCUGCGCUUAUUUUCCACCUUAUGAGUGGAAGCAGCUUACCAGCAUCUGCAGCAUUUGAGCUUCGCCUGCAGAUUCAAGCUGUUAGGUUGGACAGCCCCGAAAAACCAAUCUACGUUCCAUUCCUCAUUGUUGGAUCAAUAUUUAUUGCCUUCAUUAUUGUGGGCUCUCUGGUAGCAGUUUACUGUUGCACAUGUUUAAGACCUAAACAGCCAUCGCAGCCAAUACGAUUUUCUCUGCGGAGCUAUCAGACCGAGACUCUUCCCAUGAUCCUGGCCUCGACAAGCUUCCGGACGCCGUCGAGGCAGUCCAGUACUGCAACAAGUUCCAGUUCAACCGGCGGCUCAGUUCGCAGGUUCUCCUUUCCCCGGGCAGAGCCAGGGUGCCUUGUGGCAUCGCCACCUCCACCAUACACCUCUGGCUGCUUCCAGGCAGCCCAUGCAGUCCACCUGACCCAGCCGUCGGGAUUUCUGGUGUCACCGCCGUACUUUGGGUAUCCCCUCCAGCCGGAGCCUGCCCUGGCUGGGAAGAGCUGCUCCGAUUUUAGUCAGAGCUGA